AUGUCGAGGCAAAGUAGAGCGUCUGCUGCGGAUUUCAUGGAUUACGAUGCUGACAGUUACAGUGCUGAUAAAAAGGAUGAGUUAGACUCGAUAUCAGAGUCGAGACCAUCGGAUUCAUCAAAAGAUGGUGACGAGAAUACAAAUGAUCCAAGAAGCAGGAGUAGAGAGUAUGGCCGAGACUCUGAUAGAUACGGUGAUAGAAGCGGAAGCCGAGAAACAGUUCGAAGGGCAACCAGAUAUGAACGAGAUGAUCGUGACAGUAAACGGAGAUCUGAAAGGAGCUAUAGUCCAUAUAGAGGAGACAGUCGCAGGUAUGACAGACGUGAUGACCGCAUUACCGACCGUGGCGAUCGUGGUGACAGAAGUGGACGAUACGAACGAGAUGAGACUCCACGUGGUAGAGGUCGAUAUGAGGAUUCUCGGUAUGACGACCGCUAUUAUGAUCCAAAACGGGAGAUUGAGGAAGACAGAGGAGACCGUCGUGAAAGAGGCAGAGAUUUUGGCCGUAACCGAGAUUCAUACAGACGGUACAAUAGUGCUAGGAGCAGGUCACGGAGCAGAUCUGGCGAAUUUGACAGUAAAACCAAAACAUCCAAUGGACUCUCCAAGUCCCGGUACGAUUCUUAUCGCGACAAUAAGGCUGGCAAUGAUACCGAUAAAAAACAGCAGAUUGACAACACACCUGCUACAGAAGCUGCACCAGAAGACCCAGAAGAACUCAUGCGCAAAAUGAUGGGAUUCUCUGGAUUCUCCACCACAAAAGGCCAAAAAGUGGUUGGUGCUGACGUCAGUGGUAUUGCAAAGACUGCCAAGUCGUCGACCUUCAGGCAGUACAUGAACCGUACUCGCGGCUUCAACAGAGACCUGUCGCCCACUCGCGAAUAA